AUGUGUAAGUGCAUUCUGCAAGAAAAGGAGGAAGGCAUAAGUCAAAUUGGAAAUCGUUGCAUUCUAUAUAUCUAUUGUUCCAGAAAAAGAAUCAAAAUAUUAUGUCCCACUGUAUCUAUAAAUCGCUGCUAUUGUGUCCUGUGUUGUUCCCAGCUUUGAGGAAUCUAUUUCAAGACAUAAUAUUGUGAGAUUUAACAGCAGAAUCUUUAGCUGCAUACUUGUUUAACAUAUUUUUAUGUCCAUUUUUCCCCUGUAAAGUGUAGCUACAGACAUCUCGAAUUUCAAUGAGCCAACUAGACCUUAUCUUGUCUUGCUUAUGUUGAAAAUGAAGAACUUAACAAUUUCAAGUUCUGUCCUAUUUUAUCUUUUAAAAUUAAUGACCUAGCAGGGUUGAGCUAGCAGGCCAUUUCUUAAAUAAAACUAUGCCAGAGCUACAAAAAGCACCCGCUAAAAUAAUUAGGAGUUUUUGUUUUCCAUAACAUAUGUUAUUUAAGCUGUAUAGAAAUGAUGUUUGAAUACUAAGGAAUUGUCUUCAAGAUUGCUUCAAUUCGUAUAAUAUUUUAUUUGAAUUGAUCUCUAUACGAUUUUAGAAAGUGAAAUACCGAUGUGGAUCGUUUAAAAAUCAUAAAAACGACAUCGUAGAAAGCGAAGAGAUCGAUGUAGAUCAUUUAAACAUCAUGAAAACGGGAUCCUAGACGGGGAAAAGAUUGCUGUAGAUCGUGUAGAAUACUAUAGUUAGAGAGAUGUUAUCAUAGGUGGAAGUAUGAAUGAAGUAAGACGUCCAGGUGGUUUGGUGCAACGAUGUAUUGUUAUUCACAGAGAUGAAAAUGGUUUUGGUUUGACUGUUAGUGGUGACAACCCUGUGUAUGUACAAUCAGUGAAAGAAAAUAGUGCUGCAGCUAAAUCAGGCGUCCAGGUUGGUGAUCAAAUUGUAAAGGUGAAUGGAACAGUAGUAACACAGUCAAAUCACAUAGAGGUUGUUAGACUUAUAAAAAGUGGUUCAUUUGUUACUUUGACUCUUCUUGGAAAAGAUAAUCUGCCGAAAUCGCCAUCAGAAUCUCGUAAUACGAACCAGUCUCCAGUUCCUAAAGGCCAUAUUCGAUCACGAUCUGUUGGAAAUAAUCUUGCCUUCAACACUACUCUUGCACCACAAUCUCCACCAGCGGAAUCAAGUCAAAAUGACCGUAUAGAACAAAUGCUAGUGCAAGAGCGAGAGUUUCACAAGAAAAUACUUGACGAAUAUAUGCGAGCACCUUCAUCGAAGUCUCAACAAGAGCUUGCUGAAUCUCAGACAAGAAUAAUUGCACUUGAGCAUCAAAUCAAAGUUUUAUCUGGAGCAGUCCUAAUAAAGUCAACGCCUGGGUUUUCUUCAUCAGUAAGACAAACUUUCCGACCCAAUAACGACAACUAUCCUCCUUGGUCCCGUGCUACUCCACAAACUAGAACACAAUCUCUUACAGAUCCAUUUAAAUCCACUGGCACACCAACAACUUUUCCAUCAGGGGGAAAUAACUUUCAUCCGCGUGAAGGAAUUGAGAAUCAAAACAUCCAAGAGCAAAGUGGCUUAAAGCAAUCUAAUCGACUUCCAUCAACUUCCAGUGCACCAAAUUUAGAUCCGAGCAUGCUAAGUCCAAAACGCACAGAUUUCGAGUCCUUAGAUUCCAAUGAUGGUCCUCCUUAUGCUUUACCCCCAGUACAUGAUAUGCGUGAGAACUCAUUUGAUUCCAUGUUUCAUAAGGCACAGCAAGAUGUAUUAGCUCCAAAUAUGCCUCUGCAUUCGGCUGCUUCAGUUAUAUCCAUGGAAGAUGAUGAGUUUGAGUUUGAAAAUGAAAGAUUUGAUGAUCAUGGGCCAUUUAUUGAUUUAAAAGUACUUAAAAAUAAACCUGCUCAUCUGGCUGUGUUUUUACACUUUCUCAUGUCGAACAAUAAUCCAAGCCCUCUGUUUUUCUGGCUUGUCACUGAUACAUAUGCCCAGGAAACUGGACAUGCAAAAGAAUUAAAGAAAUGGGCUUAUGAGAUAUAUUCUACCUUUGUAGCACGUGAUUCGCCUUUAAAAGUUGAAAUUGGUGAGCCAGAGGAGGUUGCUAUAGAGGAUGCAUUAGAGAAUCCACGAACAUCUGAAGAGCGGAUCAGAAGUGUGUUCGAUGUGGCAAGAAACAUCAUAUUCACUGAAGUCAAUGACCAACUAGCAGAUUUUCGUAACAAACGUGCUUUAGGCCUUGGUGGAUUAUUCGGUGACCAUCAAUUGGAAGAUGAACUUGAUCGUGGUAAAGAGUUAAAAGUCAUUGAGCAAACCUUACUACCUCAUCUGGAAGCAUUAAUGGCUGAUGCUGAUUCAAUGAGUAGCGGUCAAAAUGAUCGCAAUAUUGCUAUGGCUUCUGCAUUAGCAACUUUUAUGAAGCAAGUUGGAUUGUCAGGCAAGCUCUCAACUGGCAAGGGCAGUGUUUUGGAUCGUUGUCGAAGUUUCGCUGAGAAGGAGAAAAAAUCUUUCAUAUCUAACUUGAAAUCAAAUCGUCGUGUACAUACGAUCAAUGGUCAUCAGUUUGUUGGCAUGCAGUACACGUAUGUUACACAAUGUGGCUUUUGCCAAGGAUUGCUCUGGGGAAUAGGCACGCAGGGUUAUCAAUGUACAGUGUGCGAGUUCAACGUGCACAAACGAUCCUGUGCUGAGUCUCUCACAGAAGCAUGUCCAGGUUCCAAAGGGAAAGCAAAACAGCAAAAGACGAAAAUUCUUGUUCGUAGUCCAGCUGGUUAUGUAGCAAAUCAUCGUGUCAAUGAUUCACCAAAAUCUGUUACGAAAAUUGAGGAAGAAGAACCAGACACUGAAGCAGCUUCUUCUGAAAGUUCUCGAACACGUUUACCUUCAGUUUUGGAUCCUCAAGAUUCUAAACAGCCAUCCUCCCUGGAUAAAAGCCUCGAUGAGCAAAUUUCAGAGUCUGAAAAAGAUGACAGCAGGAGUGGAACGCCUCUUGAGGAUACAUCCGAAGUUAUCCAGAAGUCUAAAACGAUUGGUUAUUUCCAACGCAAAGUGCCUCCUAUCGUAAGCCGAAAUGUUCUUCGGUCUGAAAGUCUGAAAUCAGUGCGCGAUUAUAGCACGAAAAAGGUUGGUUCAACCUUACCUGGUGUUAAUAAUCGAGGUGGUCGAGCAGAAAAUGGAGUUUAUGGACCGACACCCUUCCCUGCACAUCAAACAAGAGUGGAAUCACCUCCAGAUUCUGAAGAAGAAAUUGAAAGUGAUUCUGACUUGGAAGUUGAGACAGAAGUUCAGAAUUGGCAGACAAUAGCUGAUAAAAAGACUUUAAAACAAUUAAAAAACAAAGAUGUAAAGAGACAAGAAGUUAUUCAUGAAUUAAUACAUACAGAAAGAACACACGUUCGAAAUUUAAAAGUCCUAGAUAAGGUCUUUUAUCGUCCACUUAUAAAUAAAAAUAUACUACCAAUUCACCAGAUCAAGUUAAUAUUUCCCAACCUAGAAGAAUUAAUAGAUAUCCAUGAGUCCUUGUUAAAAGCAAUGAAAAAACGAGUGGCUGAAAGUAAAAGUGAAGUGAUACACAAUAUAGGGGAUGUUAUGCUAGAAAGGGUUGAUGGAGAAGCUGGCGAGAAGGUAAAAGAAGCUUGUGCUAAAUUCUGUUGUGGCCAAAAAAAUGCUUUGGAACAAAUGAAGAAAUUACUAGUGACGAAAAAAGAAUUUCAAGUAUUUAUGGUGAAACAAGAAAGUCACCGUUUAUGUCGACGAUUAAAAUUCACAGAUAUAAUCGCCUCUACUCAUCAGAGACUUGUGAAAUACCCAAUGUUGCUGGGAGGGAUAAACAAAGUGACUCCUCCUCCCCACGGCGAUUACAAAAACGUAGAACGAAGUACAAAGUGUUGUAAGGACAUUCUGAACUAUGUAAACUCAGAAAUCAAAGAGACAGAAAACAAACUACGUUUGGAAGAACUAGCAAAGAAAAUUGAAGACAAGAGGACACAAGAUACAUCAGAGAAAGAAAAAGAAAAUGAUAAGAAAUUUGAUAUAACUAAUCAUAAAAUGCUGUGGGAGGGUUCGUUGAUAUGGAAAAUCAAUCCAACCAAGAAAUUAGACUUACAUGUGGUGUUGCUCAAUGAUUUCUUGGUUCUUCUACAACGCCAAGAUGAACGUUAUAUUCUAAAAACACACAGUACUGAUGCUAGGGGUCAUAGUCCGAUAAUCAAACUAACAAAUAUCAUUAUUCGAGAAGUAGCGACAGAUAAAAAAGCGUUCUUUCUUGUCAGUACUUCAAUGACUGGACCACAGAUUUACGAAUUGGUUGCACAAACUGCUACAGAAAAACGAAUCUGGGUAGAACACAUUACUGAAGCAUCAGAACUUGUGAAAGGAAGAGACUUGUUUGCCGAUCGAGGUCGUCGAGGUGGGCUGUCUCUAUCCACAGCUUCACCCUCCCUUCCGGUUCCUGUUGAAGAAGAGGAAGCAGAAGAAACUAAGAUAGAAGAUAAGGUUGAAGUUAAGGAAAAAAAAACUACCGAGAACGAGCAAAAAGAAACCACCAGAAAGGAGAGCAGUGCAGAAAACCGACCUAGCAAAGAAAGAGUUUCUGAAAUAUGCGAUGAGCUUGCUGCUAAAGAUAAAGAAUUACAAAAAAUCUUAGAAGAAAAGAAUGCUUUACUGACUGAAUUACAGGGUGCCAAAUGUUCGAGUCUGUUUUCAAUGGAGACGUCGCAUACCUCAUUAGAAGCAAGAGACUUAGUGCUGGCUGCAAUUGGACAAGCUGACAGGUUAACCGCUGCGAUUAGCGAAGUUGUAACAGCAAGCAAAGAUACGUGCCCUGUGGCGCAAAGGACAACGAUUUCCGAAUCAACGACAGCCCUGCAUCAAUUUUUGACAUCUUUACUGGAAUCCGUUCAAAGUAGAGAGAAUCAAUUAGAAACGUUAAAAACUAGUUAUGAAACGGCGAAAUCAACUAUAAGUCGACUAAAAGCAUCAAACAUGGAUGAAAACGGCGACGAAAUGGAAACAAAAACCAACGAUUUACCUGAAGAAAACAGCGUUACUCCGACACCGACAGCAGUUAAAGUUUCCGUUGAUCAUGCCGAAACACCGGAAACCGACGCUGAAAAUAAAGAUAAUUAUGAUCCCCAUUUACAAAAUAAUGAAACUGAACCCAGAAAGGAAAAUAAUUUGCUUGUUACGAGCCCGUUCAAGAUAUUCCGUAAACGGACCAGCGAUCCAGCGUUGGAUACGGGAUCACCAAACGAAACUAUUUCAAAACCGGUCAACCGGGCAUCGUCGUUUUCCGGGUUCUCUUCUACAGGAGUUCAAGAUUUAUCGGACUCCGAAUAGCAAAUAAACACGCACUAGAUCAUUGCUUGAUGAUCUUAUACACACGGCCUUUUUCCCGAAGCAAGGGAAACGAGGAGUGUAUUGUUUCAAAACAGAACUGAGUGCGUAGGUCGCUUCACCCUAGAAUUAAACCGCCUCAGAGUUGAUUGUGUUUUGUCAUAGAAUAGACUGGGGAUAGAUGAACAAAACAAAUAUUUUUUGUAUGUAGACGAGUUAUAUUAUUACUACAGGUAAACAUUAACUUUGAUUUUGUUAGUAAAUGAUUUGGAAUUAAUUAUCAAAUUAUAGAACUCAAACUACUUACUCUUAAUUUAUUGAAGUAAAUAUGACCAGGGAUACUGGAGAGUCCUUAAUUUAUUAUCGUAAAAAAAACACGUGUGUAAUUUAGUAUGAUGCAAAGCAUUUCGGGAUUUUAGAACUUAAAAAUUCAUCGGUAAAAGAAUUUUUCACACAUAAUAUUACGUUUUAUUGUGAUCGUAUAUUUUAUCUCUUCUCCGUUGUUUUUAUGUUGUAACGAUGCACCCUCCUCCUUUGGUUUAUUAUAGUAUAUACUUAGAUUGCUUAAAUAUUUUUGUAAUACAUUUUUUUCACAGAACUCUCCAUGGUAUUAA